ACCUGCUGUUCCACCUGCAUUUCACAUCCUUCUUCCUGCAGCCCCAUUCCCAAAGGGAGACCAUCCCCACAUCCUUCAAGGCAGGCUAGGCCUCUCCAUAGCACAGUAUUUUGCAGCCCCAUUUUGUGAUAUUUUGGUUGACCUUAUAAUAGACAUAUUGUCCGAAUAUGUAACUAUACGUAUUCUCUUCUGAUCUUCUGAUAUCCCUUCAGAACCUAGGCAUGAUUUAAAACUGUUCAGGCCCCUUCAGGUCUAGGUUGUUGUUGUUUGUUUUGUAACCCUCUAAUUCAGGGGUAGCCAAUACUGUGGCCUCCAGAAGAUGUUGGCUUCCCCACUCCCAUCAUCCCCAGCCAAGUAGCCAAUGGUCCAGUCCUAAGAGUUGUAGUCCAUUGUCACCUAAAGAAUGUCUUGUUGAUUACCUGUGUUCCAAUUUCUUUAAAACAUCCUUUCAGUCCGUAAGAGAGGACUUCCUUAAGCACCUGUUGCCAUCACUGUAGUCUUUUAUUUUGUGUGUGUGAAGGAAUCCAGUGCUGGUGUAUUGAUUUAAUUUCAUUUCUUAUUUUUUAAAUGCAUUCUGUGUUCUCAUUUUGUAUUUCUAUGUUGUGAAUCGCCCCGUGAUCUUCAGAUGAAGGGGGGCAUACAAAUUUAAUUAAUAAUAACAGUAAUAAUAACGAUACACAGUAGCAAUCCACUCACAAAAUUGAAAUGCAGCUUGCUUCUGUUUCCCUUGGGAUGUGUGGAAGAGACUUUGGGAACUUAAAAAAAGUUUUUGACAUUACUUUUGUUGGAACCUGGGGAAGAAGCAUAGACAGAGCGCAACUAUGCAAUCCACACUGAAAUGGUUUCACAAAUUGCACAGAGGAAGAGCACUUGACUUGCAGAAUUAAGGUAGGAGUAAAUUGCUGUAUUUCAAAAAGGGAAAAGAAGAAGAAACAUAGGUAUACAACAGAUCACUAUAUUAUACUCAAAUAAUUUUUAAAAAACAAGACUGGUAAUGCUAUUUUCAUCCUAUCCUUCCUUCUCACUGUAAUUCUCCCUUGUGAAUUACAGAAAGAGCUGUCUACUUUGCUCAUUUCUUUGUAAGUUUGAAGCUUCUUCUUUUUAUUACAUCUGGGGUAGAGCUUUUCAAAAUGUGGUUUUGUAAUCCCUAUUGUGUCCCGGGUCAGGCAAGUUAAAGGACAUUCGGAUAUAUCUCAGGAGAUUGUCCACGUUGUACAUUUCUUGACCAGUUGCUUACCCAAUCCAAGCUACAAAUCGUUUUGCAAAUUGUCUGGAGCACUUGUCCUUUGCUCCAGAAGAAAGGUUCCUUUCCUAAUGCAACACGGAGGAAAUAAUGCCAAAAUAAUGCCUCUUGCUAAAUGUUAUAUAUCCAUCCAUUUCUGUCCUGGCAAAUGCCUUUGUAGGCCACUUAAGGCCACUCUAUCUGUUAGCAGCCAUUCUAAAGGAAGCACGCUUGAAAUCAAAUUCAUUAAAAUGAGAACAGGAUUGAUAGCUUUGAGCCUGUGAUCCAUUUUAUUUUGAGGGGUUUUUUUGUGUGUGGAGGUGGUGCUAAUGGUACACUGAAUGUGUGCAAUUCUGUUUGAGGCAAGAUUAUAUAUCAGUGUGAAACAGCAAAAACAACAACUAUCUAAUAUGCUUAAAACUUUUCCAUUACCAUUUGAUCCAUUCCUAUGUCUCCUUACCUGAAAGGAAGUAUCCUUGAACUUUUUUGGGCUUACUUUUGAAUAGACAUAUCUAGGAUUUCUCCAUAAUUUAAAAAAGUCCUAUAGCAUCUAAUUUGAUGACAAUUUAAGUGUCAAGUUCCCAUAUUGUUCUCAGUUAUUCUGUGGUGCUUCUACAUUCAUUGGCAUGCUGGAAGGUGGGAGUAUACUCACUGAAAAAUUGAGUUGUUUGCUGCAACUGAAAAUUGCAUUGCAAAAGAAUUUGGGAAGAAUACAAGGGUGCCGGUAAUACUUUUCAUGGGUUAUCAUCCUAGAUAGACUAUUUGAUAGUUCCUCUUCCACUGAAACAUUUAUUUUUAUGCAAAAUAUUUGUGUGUCAUCUUUCCUACAAAAAUAUGUUUGAGUUAGUAUAUAAAAAUCAACAAUAAAAGAUUUCCUAGAGGAUUUUAAAUUAUUUAUUACUUCCCCCAGGAAGAGAGGCUCAUAUGCAUAAACAAUAAUCUGUUUAUAAUACAGAUUGCCUUGCUGGGUGCAAUCCAUAUUCUCUCGGUCAUAAAGCCAGUUGCAUUCCUCUGAGGGCAACUGUUUAAAAUGCUAUUAAUAAUAAUUAGGUAUGUUCUCUCACCACUUGGGGGCAGCAGCCAACACCAAAUAUAAAGUUUCACCAUCAGAUAUACUUCCUGUAAAUUGCCUGCGAUGCUCAAAACUGUAUGUUUCCUUUUUACAAAAGGAAAGGCAAAUUAACCUCUCUUUGUAUUUGCAGGACUUUUCUUUUUUUGUUAUGCAUUAAAUAUCUGUGUUCAACAGGGGAAAGUAUGUUAGACCGCACACAUUUCAUACAAAUAGUUAUACUAAAUGUGUGUGUGUGCGUACACACACAGAGGUGAGUGCAUAAUAGUACUGAUAUACUAAAUGUUUGUUGCUUUUUAACCAAUUAAUUAAUCAGCUAAACAAUGCAGUAUUGGAAUGCAGAUUAUAUUAAAUUAAAGGCAGGUGGCGUUGUGGUGUAAACCACUGAGCAUCUUGGGCUUCCGAUCAGAAGGUUGAUGGUUCGAAUCCGAGCAAUGGGAUGAGCUCCCGUUGCUCUAUCCCAGCUUCUGCCAGCCUAGCAGUUCGAAAACAUACCAGCUAAAUAGGUAGCUAAAUAGGUACCACUGUGGCAGGAAGGUAAAUGACGUUUCUGUGCGCUCUGGCACUCAUCAUAGUGUCCCAUUGUGCCAGAAGCGGUUCAGUCAUGCUGGCCACAUGACCCUGAAAGCUGUCUGUGGACAAAUGCCAGCUCCCUCAGCCUGAAAAGCGAGGUGAGAGCUGUACCCCAUAGUCACCUUUGACUGAACUGAACUGUCCAGGGGUGAUUUACCUUUACCUUAUAUUUAAUAUGACUGCAAUACUGUGCAUAAUUAUAAUUUCUCAGUAGUACAAUCUUAUUUGUGUUUAUCCAGAAGUCUUAUUGAGUUCAGCGGGGCUUACUCCCAGAUAAGAGGGCAUUGGAUCGCAGCCCCUAACCCCAAUAACUUCAAUGGAAUUUAAACGGAACUGAAUUCAGGAUCGUAACAGCUUCCAUUUGAUGCAACCAUUUGUUAUUUAGAGAAUCUUCUCACAGGCCAGUCUGUUGUGGGAUAUGCAAGUGGGAGAGAAUUCCAGCUCAUCGUUCUUGAGCUGGCUGAUACAGCAUCACUUUGCAUUAUUGACAGCUCUGCAGUCCUGAUGUGGCACCAGCACAAAGGACCUAAAUGAUGAUCCAUCUGCGGCGAUGCAGCUGCAAGGAUAUGAUAUAUGACAUGUGGUCUUAAGUCAAGGAAUGGCAGAUGUGACAUUAGUCAGCAUCUUAUCCGCAAGUGCAAGUUCUGAACAUUGCAGCAGUUAAAGGCUGUGGUUAAAAACAACAAAACAAAACCCAGCUACCUACAUAGGAACACAGGAAACUGCAUAUUACCAAUUCAGACUAUCUAGCCAGGAUUCUAGAUUCAGGUAGGUAGCCGUGUUGGUCUGACACAGUUGAAAUGUAUAUAAAAAUUUAAAAAAUGUCCAGUAGCACCUUAGAGACCAACUAAGUUUGUUCUUGGUAUAAGCCAUGGGUAGGCAAGCUAAGGCCCAGGGGCUGGAUCCGGCCCAAUCGCCUUCUCAAUCCGGCCCGUGGACGGUCCGGGAAUCAGCGUGUUUUUACAUGAGUAGAAUGUGUCCUUUUAUUUAAAAUGCAUCUCUGGGUUAUUUGUGGAGCAUAGGAAUUUGUUCAUUCCCCCCCCAAAAAAUAUAGUCCGGCCCCCCACAAGGGCUGAGGGCCAGUGGACUGGCCCCCUGCUGAAAAAGUUUGCUGACCCCUGGUAUAAGCUUUCAUGUGCACGCACAGGUAUCUGAAGAAGUGUGCAUUCACACGAAAGCUUAUACCAAGAACAAACUUAGUUGGUCUCUAAGGUGCUACUGGACAAUUUUUUUAUUUUUUUAUAUAUUUAGCCCAGGAUUACUAACACUGAUUGGCAGCAGCCCAGGGUUUCAGGACGAAGUCCUUCCUAGACCUACCUGGAAAUGCCAGAUUGAACCUGAGGCCCUUUGCAUACAAAGCAUGUGUUCUGGCACUGAGCAACAGCCUGUGCCUAAAUGCUUAAAGGAACUGGUGCUGUACUGUACAUCUGUAAAUAUAUAUAUUGUCCAGUAGCACCUUAGAAACCAACUAAGUUUGUUCUUGGUGUGAGCUUUGUGUGCAUGCACACUGUUUGUAUAUAUGCUAUGAGUAAUGCAUGCCAGGCCAGCCCCACUCAUCCAAAAUCAAAGAAUUGAUGAAUUCGUUCUUAUUUUGGAUUGAUCUAGCAUUUCACACCAGAACAGCCCUAUCAGGGUUACAGAUGUUAACCAGCUACCGUCCCUGUUCUUAAUCUAGUUAGGCUGUCCCCCUGCAGAAUAUAACUUGACCCUUCUGUAGAAGAUUUCAGUAGAAGAUUUCAAAGUUAGCAUUAUCGCCUGCUAAUGUCUGCAAAUUAAGAUGCUGUAAAAAGCAGAAGAGCAUAGGUUACCAUAAUAAUAUAAUCGGCAUUCCUAAUGGGGAGUGUGUAUAACCCUGCCCCUUGUACUGGACCCUUUUAAAAGUCUGUAAAUGCUAUCGUUAGAAUUUGUGCCUCACCAUCAGAGUUCAGGGAGAGUAAUUAAUAUUUUUAAAUAGGGUAAUUGGUAUUGCAUAUGUUUUCCUUUAUCUUUUACAACUACAUGAGUGGCAGAAAUUCCGAAGGGUGGAUUUUUGCUAGCACGGAUAGAAAAAGCCGCAUUUACCAAAUUUCUACUUGUUUUAUCAGUCUUUUUUUUGUGGAUAAAUGUGAUUAUUUAAAAUUUAAAGUCGGGGGGGCGGGAAUUCUGGCAAUAAAACAAGAUGAUGCAUUCCUGCUUCUCUUGGAGAGUGGUGGAGAUUGAUAGAGUUGUCAAUUUAUCAUUUGCACCUAUCGUUUAUUGUUUUGCAUCAGUAGUGAUACAAAAACGAAACCAGAGAAGGCACAGCAAAUGAAUAACAACAGUCGGAAGACAGUUGCGGAAGGACAAUAUGGAUAAUAGUGCUCAGACUGCACUUUGUUCGCUGUUUCCCCUUCUAUGUUAACCUGGCUGCAUCGCUAGGAAGAGGGAAGGCUGCCUAAUGUCUACAACUGUUAAUUAGGGUCUCGCAUUGUCCACUUGGUGGCAGUAUGACCAGAGCAUCCCUGUAUGCCUCGGUUUGAAGCUAGAACCUUAUAGAAACUGGGUAGAAAUUUACCCAAAUUAGAUUUAAAAAGAUAUUUCUGCCUUGGGUAUUUGUUCAAACCUGCAGGAACUAUAAGGUCGCCAGCUUUUAACUGGGUUCUGCCCUGGUGCCUUUCUGCCAUUAUUGGCAGAGAAUAAUGCUUAUCUCAUUGCCUUGAAAAGUUUCAUCUGCUGAUUUCUAUAGGUCAGCCUUCCCCCAACCUGCUGCCCUCCCCUUAUCUCAGACUGCACUUUCUAUCUACUGCAGCCUGCAUGGUUAUUAUUAUUGUUAUUAUUUAUUAAAUUUGUAUAUUGCCCUUCAUCUGUAGAUUUCAGGGCAGUUUGCAGUUGUACUCCAAAGCAUCGGCAGGGCACCAAGCCAGGGAAGGCUACUGUAGCUCAAACUGCUCUUAAACACACAGUGAUACCUCAGGUUACGUACUUAAUUCGUUCCGGAGGUCCGUUCUUAACCUGAAACUAUUCUUAACCUGAAGCACCACUUUAGGCAAUGGGGCCUCCUGCUGCUGCCGUGCCGCCGAAACACAAUUUCUGUUCUCAUCCUGAAGCAAAGUUCUUAACCUGAAGCAUUAUUUCUGCGUUAGCGGAGUCUGUAACCUGAAGCGUAUGUAACCUGAAGCGUAUGUAACCUGAGGUACCACUGUAUAGGAGCCAUUCAGGUUCCAGACGUGUCUAGUUUAUCUGUUGGAAUGGCAUAUGAUUUACAGGACAGGGAAUGCACACACAGCCAUGUUAAAUUUUGCGUCAGGCAGUUCUAACUAAAUGUGAGCCAUUCAGGGAUCAUAAAAUAUAAAAUGCCUGGGAUAUUUCAAGGGUUCUGCAUUCAUCCUUAGCACCUUGACAUUGACCUAUUGCACAUGUAUGAUUUCUGACUUCCUAACCAGGGACGCGGGUGGUGCUGUGGGUUAAACCACAGAGCCUGGGACUUGUCGAUCAGAAGGUCAGCGGUUCGAAUCCCCGUGACGGGGUGAGCUCCCGUUGCUCAGUCCCUGCUCCUGCCAACCUAGCAGUUUGAAAGCACGUCAAAGUGCAAGUAGAUAAAUAGGUACCGCUCUGGCAGGAAGGUAAACGGUGUUUCCGUGUGCUGCUCUGGUUCGCCAGAAGCGGCUUAGUCAUGCUGGCUACAUGACCCGAAAGCUGUACGACGGCUCCCUCGGCCAAAAAAGCAAGAUGAGCACCACAACCCCAGAGUUGGCCACGACUGGACCUAAUGGUCAGGGGUCCCUUUAUCUUUACUUUUAACCAGCUUCCCCUCUCCCUCCUUCUCCUCUGCUAUGCAAACUCCCUUCCUUUCUCUUUUCAGAGGUAAUCAUGCUGCCCAGCUCCAUUUCCGCCAAUAUUAAUGCUAACCAUGGCUAGUUUUCAGGCAGAGGCUGGAACCAGGGUUAAGAGAAGGAUUGGCAACACUAGCCGAGUUUGCAUGUGAGAGGACGAUGAAGAAGAAGUGUACAAGCCUGUGGAGUCUUGCUUGAUUUCCUAAACACAGCUAGGAGAACAAGAACACCCUGUCUACCCCAGGCCCCUAAUACUGGUUUGCUCUCGUUGAGUUGCCAAGCUGUUUUUCUGACAGGGCUCCUCUUCUCUAAUAGCUGCAUGAUAGGAGCAAAUUCAGAUCAGGUUUUUUAGACAGGACAGGACUGUGACUGCCCCACCCUCUUGCCCACAGGACAUACAUGUGCAGGUCAUCCAAGGAGGGAGAUCAUUGCGGGGGAGACAAGAAGGGAGAUUAUUGGGGCUUGUAGCCAUCUCUGUCUUGGCACAUUUUAAAAAACUGGCCCUAGGAGAAAAUAUUUGCAGGUGUCCUGGCAUAUAGAAAGAGCCUUCAGCAGGUUCGUGAUGAAAGCUUUAUUGUCAAGCACAUUACCAGGGUCACGCCUCUAGUUGUGUAGAAAGGAUGUGCUUUUAGAACAGCCUCCUUCUGGACCUCCACCAAAAUCUGAACUAGAGCAUUUUUUGAAGCCAAUGGAAGGCACUUUUCUUCAGGCAGGCAUUGGAAACUUUGGCUACAGCAACAGAUUACUAUGAAAGGGUUUGUUUACUAGCAGCAUAAUUGCAAUUAUUAUUAAUUUUCCUUUUUUUUAUAUAUGCCACAUAUCACCUCUUUGAUAGAUGAGCAAUCAUUAGACAAUGAUAACUACAUACCACUGUAAGCAAGCAAAUAUAUUAUAUUACAUUGGGCAGUUUUUCCUGGUGUUCAUUCAGACAUGGAUUUGUAUUUUUUAAAGCUCAGAGACAGUUUGGGAAGAUAGAGAUGUGGUGUUUUCUGCUCAACGGCACCAUCUGCUUCUCCUCUCCCAUCUUGACAAUCUGUUUUUCUUUUGCACGGGUGUUCUUUGUUUUUAAUGUUUGGAUUGUUAGCUGCUUUGAUUUUUGUGUGUGUAAGAAAAUAAAGGGAAUAAUUUUCUAAAAGCCCAUUAAAAUUGACCUCUGUAAUUCACUGUAGGUGGUGCUGCCCUUGAAGAUGACUCAGAAGUUUCAGUGGGUGGGAAACGCUAGGGCUGCCUUCCUAAAAGGAUAUGGAGUGGCAUGUGCAUAUCUAACCACUGUUCUGCAAAUAGCAUUGCUUAUCUGUUUCCUUCUGAGCACAACUCAAGGUGCUGGUUUAACCAUUACGCCACUUCCUCACUUUCUCUCACUCUCCCACUCCCCUUGCUGUUGUUGUUGUCCCCGCCCCCAGACCAGACACUCCUGCACAAACUCCUCACAACUGCUAGGAGUAAGUAUUACUAUAGAUCCCCAAGCCAAACGGAGGACAUAGAUGAUGCCUUCCUGGAACAGAUGGCCAAGCAUGCAAAAGGAAGGGAGAUAGUAGUAAUGGGGGACUUCAAUUACCCGGAUAUUUGUUGGAUGUCAAACUCAGCCAAGAGCAUAAGGUCAAACAGAUUCCUCACUGGCCUUGCAGACAACUUCAUUGUCCAGAAAGUGGGAGAAGCAACAAGAGGAACAGCCAUUUUAGAUCUGGUCCUAACCAAUGUUGAUGACCUGGUUAGUGGGGUAGAAGUGGAAGGAUCAUUAGGCGCGAGUGAUCAUGCUCUUCUGAAGUUUACUAUACAGCGGAAAGGAGCAGCCAAGCAUACUAGGACUCAAUUUCUUGACUUUAAGAAAGCUGACUUCAUAAAACUUAGGGAAGUGCUGGGUGAGAUCCCAUGGACAGUAAUACUAAAAGGAAAGGGAGUUCAUGAUGGCUGGGAGUUUGUUAAGAGGGAGAUACUAAAAGCACAACGUCAGGCAAUACCAAUGAGACAGAAACAUGGAAGGUGCCUAAAGAAGCCAGGGUGGCUAUCUAAAGAACUUUUAACUGAGUUAAGAUUAAAAAGGAUGUGUACAAAAAUGGAAAAGGGGAAACCACCAAAGAGGAAUUCAAACAAAUAGCCAGCACAUGUAGACACAAAGUCAGAAAAGCUAAAGCACAGAAUGAACUCAGGCUUGCUAGAGAGGUUAAAAGCAACAAAAAGGCUUUUAUGGGUAUGUCCGUAGCAAAAGGAAGAACAAAGAAACAGUGGGGUCACUCAGAGGAGAAGAUGGUGAAAUGCAAACAGGGGACACAGAAAGAGCUGAACUCCUCAAUGCCUUCUUUGCCUCAGUCUUCUCCGAUAAAGAAAAAAAUGCCCGACCUGAAGAAUUUGGAGCAAAUGAUUCAGCAAAGGAAACACAGCCCAGAAUAACUAAGGAGAUAGUACAAGAAUACUUGGCUAGUUUAGAUGUAUUCAAGUCUCCAGGGCCAGAUGAACUGCAUCCAAGAGUAUUAAAAGAACUGGCAGAUGUGAUCUCAGAACCACUGGCAGUCAUCUUUGAGAAUUCCUGGAGAACAGGUGAAGUCCCGGCAGACUGGAGGAGGGCAAAUGUUGUCCCUAUUUUCAAAAAGGGAAAAGAGAGGACCCAAAUAAUUACCGCCCAGUCAGUCUGACAUCAAUACCAGGGAAGAUUCUGGAGCAGAUCAUUAAGCAAACAGUCUGUGAGCACCUAGAAAGGAAUGCUGUGAUCACCAAUAGUCAGCAUGGAUUUCUGAAAAAUAAGUCAUGUCAGACUAACCUGAUCUCAUUUUUGACAGAAUUACAAGCCUGGUAGAUGAAGGGAAUGCAGUGGAUGUAGCCUACCUUGAUUUCAGCAAGGCAUUUGACAAGGUGCCUCAUGAUAUUCUUGUAAAGAAGCUGGUAAAAUGUGGUCUUGACUAUGCUACCACUCAGUGGAUUUGUAACUGGCUGACUGACCGAACCCAAAGGGUGCUCAUCAAUGGUUCCUCUUCAUCCUGGAGAAGAGUGACUAGUGGGGUGCCACAGGGUUCUGUCUUGGGCCCGGUCUUAUUCAACAUCUUUAUCAACGACUUGGAUGAUGGACUCAAGGGCAUCCUGAUCAAAUUUGCAGAUGACACCAAAUUGGGAGGGUGGCUAACACCCCAGAGGACAGGAUCACACUUCAAAACGACCUUGACAGAUUAGAGAACUGGGCCAAAACAAACAAGAUGAAUUUUAACAGGGAGAAAUGUAAAGUAUUGCACUUGGGCAAAAAAAUGAGAGGCACAAAUACAAGAUGGGGGACACCUGGCUUGAGAGCAGUACAUGUGAAAAGGAUCUAGGAGUCUUGGUUGACCACAAACUUGACAUGAGCCAACAGUGUGACGCAGCAGCUAAAAGGCCAAUGCAAUUCUGGGCUGCAUCAAUAGGAGUAUAGCAUCUAGAUCAAGGGAAGUAAUAGUGCCACUGUAUUCUGCUCUGGUCAGACCUCACCUGGAGUACUGUGUCCAGUUCUGGGCACCACAGUUCAAGAAGGACAUUGACAAACUGGAGCGUGUCCAGAGGAGGGCAACCAAAAUGGUCAAAGGCCUGGAAACGAUGCCUUAUGAGGAACGGCUAAGAGAGCUGGGCAUGUUUAGCCUGGAGAAGAGGAGGUUGAGGGGUGAUAUGAUAGCCAUGUUCAAAUAUAUAAAAGGAUGUCACAUAGAGGAGGGAGAAAGGUUGUUUUCUGCUGCUCCAGAGAAGCGGACACGGAGCAAUGGAUCCAAACUACAAGAAAGAAGAUUCCACCUAAACAUUAGGAAGAACUUCCUGACAGUAAGAGCUGUUCGACAGUGGAAUUUGCUGCCAAGGAGUGUGGUGGAGUCUCCUUCUUUGGAGGUCUUUAAGCAGAGGCUUGACAACCAUAUGUCAGGAGUGCUCUGAUGGUGUUUCCUGCUUGGCAGGGGGUUGGACUCGAUGGCCCUUGUGGUCUCUUCCAACUCUAUGAUUCUAUGAUUCUAUGAUUCUAUGAUUCUAAGUCCUUUACAGCCCUGAAAUGAUAAGAUGAUAUUCUUGUCAAAGUUGACAUAUGUUCCCCUUCUUCCCAUAUUCCCCCAAAAGUUUGUAAGACCUUUUUAUUCUUGCUAGAAUCCAGUGACUCUAACUGAUCUGCUUUUAAGUCUAGCUGGUGGGUUUCCGCCCAAUCAAUUUGAUUGUUUGUAGCCAAUGGCUAUUACAAUAUGAACACGAUAAAAAAAAUCCUUCCAGCAGCACCUUAGAGACCAACUAAGUUUGUUAUUGGUAUGAGCUUUUGUGUGCAUGCACACUUCUUCAGAUACGCAUGCACACGAAAGCUCAUACCAAUAACAAACUUAGUUGGUCUCUAAGGUGCUACUGGAAGGAUUUUUUUUUAAUUUUGUUUCGACUACGGCAGACCAACACGGCUACCUACCUGUAACUAUAAUAUGAACACAAAUCGCACAACUGCAGAACAGAACAAAAAGCAUUGCAUACACCAGAACAAGCCAAAUCUACAAUGUCAACAUCCCUAGGAUUUAGCACUGGUGGUUGUAUUUAGCUUCAGCUCCCAUAAACAACUUCAUACUGAAUUUGCAGUUAUUAAUAAUUUCCUUAGAUGGUUAGUGCUAUAGUUAAAGUUUAUUUCUAUGCUGCCUUUCAACCCCUCCCCCCAAAAAAGCCCCCAAGGCAGUUCACACACGAUAAUUCCCAGAUACAAAACUCAACCAAAAAAUAAAUUUAAAAAGUACAACUUACACCCCAAAAAAUUAGACAGCAAAAUCUUAAUAUUUCAGAAAAGACCAAAAGCAAAAUAUAUGCAUGUUCCUUUGCCCAAAUGGGAAAUAGCAGCCCUCAGAAAGUCUCCAGGGAGAGCAGGAGUAAAUCCUUAAGGGGUAUCUCAUCCUCACAAAGGUCCCAAGCAGAGGUGUGGGAGGUGGGAAGACCGCAGCAGAUUCUGGACUGAGAUUGCAGAAUUCUCCAGAAAUAAAGCAUCCACUUACUGGAGAGUAAAGGUAAAGGACCCCUGGAUGCUCUAAACCACUGAGCCUCUUGGGCUUACAGAUCAGAAGGUUGGCAGUUCGAAUCCCUGCAACGGGGUGAGCUCCCAUUGCUCUGUCCCAGCUCCUGCCAACUGGAGAGUGCAUCUCAUUGGCACUCCAUGAGCCCUGUGUCUGAGCAGGCAUGUAUAGGAUCCCACAGUUAGUCUUGGCUUCUCUGAUUCAAGAACUAAAUGAGCAUGCACAAGUGAAGUUCUGACCCACGGUCUGCUACUACCAAUGAUAUAAAAGGAUCUGUGAAAAGCAAAGACCCCACAUUGCCAGUAUCAUUGCACAGCUUAGGAACUGUAUGUUACAAAGACCUUCACCAGCCUGGAUAGCUCAGCUGGAUAGCGCAUGGUGCUGUUAACACCAAGGUUGCAGGUUCAGUCCCUGAAUAGGACAGCUGCAUAUCCCUGCAUUGCAGGGGGUUGGACUAGAUGAUCCUCAGGGUGCCCUUCCAACUCUAUGAUUCUAUGAAUACUGAUAAUCUUAUUAAUGCAGCUUUUGAUAAUACCUCUAUGUGCAAAAUACAGUGAUCAAGACCAGAAGGAAAGGCAUUCUUGGGAUUGAACUCUCCCUUUGGAACCGCCUUCCUCCAGAGGUUCACCCAACUCUGAGCUUGAGCAUUUUCUGAAGCCAGUGGGAGGUAUUAUUUUUCAGGUGGGCUUUGGAAACUUCUCACCUAGCCAUAGAUUGCUUUAAUGGAGUUUGUUUAACAGCAACAUACUUUAUCUGAUAUAUAUAUAUAUAUAUAUAUAUAUAUAUAUAUAUAUAUAUUGUGCAUGUUAUAUAAGUCAUACAUCAUCUUUUAGAUUGACAGUAAAUAGAUAAUAAUAAUAAUAAAUACAUACCAGUGUAAGCCAGCAAACAUUUUACAUUUCAUCUGUCAUGGAUGCUUUAGCUGAGAUUGCAAGGGGUUGGGCCAGAUGAUCUUUGGGGUCCCUGCCAACUCCACAAUACUAUGAUUCUACAAUGGGCACAUCUACCUGUGUUGGAAUACGGUAAUAAAAUAGCUCCCAAGACCUUGAGUUCCUCAGUGGAGUGUAUUUUUAUAUUUAAAAGAAAAUGAGAAAAACCUCGCAUCUGUCAAUUAGGUAGCCAGAAUUAAAAAUCCAGAAUGUAGGCUAGCUUUUGCCAACCUCUAGAUGUUACAGAUUACAGUUCCCAUCAUGCUGGUUGGGGCUGAUGGGAGUUGUAGUCCAAAGCAUCUGGAGGGAACCAGGCUGUCUUAAGGCAGGUGUAGACUAUCUAGAGAAAGCAGCAGCAGCUCAGAGCUGGAUAAGUGUGUUGUGCGCAACUAAUGGCAGGCCACAAUGAAGGGAAUGUACAUCACCUUAUAAGUCAGGAAUGAGGAUCCUGUGGCCCUGCAGAUGUCCGUUGGCAAUGCUGACUGGGGCUGAUGUAGUCCCAAACAUCUGGAAGGCCACAGGCUCCCCAUUCCCUAUUCUGAAAGGGGGUUACAUUGAUUGCACCCCUGGAUGUGCAUUGCAUAAUGUAAGGAGCAGUGCCGGAUUUAUGUAUAGGCUAAGUAGACUGAAGCCUAGGGCCUCUAAAUCUAGGGGGCCUUGCCAGCCCACCUGCUCCCCAGCAGGCAGUCUCCCCUCUCCCAAAAUUGCUAACCCAAAACUUCAUGCGAGGGCAGGGCACCACCAGUGAAAAGGCCCUGCUCUGUGUAGCUCCUGCCCUGUCAUCUUGUUUUUUGUACAAUCUUGUUUGACCUCAGUAACCAAAAUUAUAUUAUCAAUAUAUACAAGCAGAAAAGUUCUUUUCCUUCAUCUGCAAGAAAUCAUACAAAACAAAGUGGCACUAAUAAUGAAAAGUUCCAGGGUGGCAACAGAAAGCAAACUAAAAAUGCUUUUGCAGUUCAUCAAAACUAUCCAGCAAUAUCAAGUUAUAGGAAAACUGGUGCUAUUAACAGUAAUCCUUCUAGUUGGUUAAUUGGUUCGGCAACUUCCAUGCACAUGAUGUGUGAUGCUAAUUAUUCUUCCCAAGAGUUAAAUGAUAAGUAAUCAAAGGCAGCUCGUCGGGAGAGCUAUGAGAUUCAGGUGAGGGUCAGAUGCCUUGUCAAUUCCAGCAGGUAUAUGAGAGGACAGCCUGGCCUGCGGGCUGCCCAUACUCCCCAGGACAAAAGCAGAAAAGAUAUUUAUUUUACACUGGAACACAAUUUAAUAGGAAUUUACUAUUAAUAGGAAUAUACUACUCUUAUUAGUCCUGUAUACAAGACCUCUAGCAUAUAAAGGUAAAAUGAUAUACGUCCAAGGUUAGAUAUAAUUUCUCUUUCUAAAUUUACAUUUUUAAUACAGUGGUACCUAGGGUUAAGAACUUAAUUCGUUCUGGAGGUCCGUUCAUAACCUGAAACUGUUCUUAACCUGAAGCACCACUUUAGCUAAUGGGGCCUCCCGCUGCUGCCGCGCCGUCGCUGCACGAUUUCUGCUCUCAUCCUGAAGCAAAGUUCUUAACCCAAGAUACUAUUUCUGGGUUAGCGGAGUCUGUAACCUGAAGUGUCUGUAACCUGAAGCGUCUGUAACCCGAGGUACCACUGUAUUGUUACAGUUAACUUAUAUAACUACAUAUACACAUACACAACAAAGGAGGAAAUAUAGGUUGCAAUCCUUUACACAUUUAUGUGGGAAUAAGUUCCAUUUUCCUAUUUUGCCAUGAUUACAAUUAUUUUUUCCAUGCAGCCAUUCCGCCAAGGAGUUCAGGGUGACAUACACAGUCCCCUCCCCCAUUUUCCCUCACAACAACCUUGUGGAGUAGGCUAGGCUGAGAGAAAGUUAUUAACCCAAGGUCACCCCAGUGAGCAUCAUGGCCAAGUAGGGAUUUGAACUCUGCUCUCCCAGAUUCCUAGCUCAGCACUCCAACCACUGCACAAUACUGCCUCUACAUUAGCGACAUAUUGAUUACAGUGGGACUUACUUCCUAGUAAAAAUUUCUAGGAUUGGGGUGUUAGAACCUCGAUUCAAUUUCUUUCCAUGACAGCACAAAACAAAAACAGUUGGAUUGGCCCUGAAAUCAGGGUGUGCGAAGCUCAACGAAGAUCCAAAACCAUUUGAAAUUAUUGUUUCUCUGCCACCCCAACUUGCAUUUAUGCCUGUGAAUGACUCUCUAUAACUUUAUCCCCGUCAUCAAAGAUCCUUCUUUAAAUGAAGCAAAUGGCUACUAUGGAAGAAGGAUUGAGUAGAGAGGCAAUGCUGAAGUAAAAACAAGAACCUCUUCUUGCUUUUGUGUGGUAUGUCUCUUGCCAGAUAUUAGCCUAUUAAAACAAGCAUAAUUUCCCAAUAAGGUUUUGAAUUGGGGGGGGGCGGUCUUCCAAGUAUGCCAACUGUGCUCAAAUGCAGGUGUCAGUGCUUUUAUGUGUUUAUGUCAUGUUUCUGUAUCAUAUACAUUCUUAACAUUAAUGUAUGCAAUUACCGCAUAAUUAAGAAAUAAUUAAUAUUAUAUAUUAAUAGCUGUAUGGUAUUUGGUGUCAAUUUGCGGCAGCGCUUUAACAGGUGUAUGCUAGCAUGAGGCAUUAAGUCCAAUCCUUUGCGUGUUUACACAGUAAGUCCCAUUCUAUUCAAUGGAGAUUGCUCCCAAGUAAAAUACACAGAGGAUUGUAGCCUUUAAAUAAAUGGAUGGAAAGAACUGCUUUGCAUUCAAACUGCCUUGUUUCUUGUGUGUAAAGAAAAACAAGAGCGUUUUCCAGAUUUAUGUCUGUGUUGAAUCCUCAUUGCUAAAGUGCUUAAAAAUAAAUCACAAACCAAGGGAGCUUUUCCUAUGUAUAUACAUGAAAUCAUGGACCAUAGGGAAUACCCAUUUCUAAAUGUAUGAAACAUGUGCACUCUACUGUUUAUGAUGAAUAAAAGAGUGGUGUGGGUUUUGUGUAUUUCUGGAGAGUUAAACGAUAAAUGCUGUUAUACUUCUGGAAGUCUCCAACUGGAAAUGUGUCAAGAGCUUUCCAAAGCAGCUCAUAAUGUCUGUCUGGGGCCCUCAUUGUUAGUCUGAGCAGAGAUGUAACGUUAGAAAUCAGAAGUAAAAGCAAACAUCUCCCCUUAAUAUGCCAUAACGUUUCCAGCACUCCAGCUCCAUCACCCCUGUCAUAUCCACUUUGCAUGUGUCCUUUCUAGCUUCCAUUGUCAGCCUGAACCUGCACCUCAUCCAAGCCUGUCCUGACCGAGACACAAUUCUCCGGCAGGGAAAAAGAAGCAAAUAAACAAGUUGAGUGGUGUAAAAAAAGGGGGUUGCCUUGCAGGUGCCUGCAGCUGGCGGUUAACACAGACAGUAAGAGGAUCAACUCCAUCUCCACUGGCUGGAGAGAGAGGGAGAGAAAUAAAGCUCCCACAUUUACUAUUCACAGUUUAGUUAAUUUGGAUGAUAACGGUUAGUUUCUAAUCCCAUUGUGCAGAAUUGAAUAUACUGAAACCUACAAGCCUUCUGAAAGAGGGUAUCUUGCAAACAGAACAACAAUCAGGAGCGUCUCCCCCCCAGACUGAACCGUGCAAGGCACGCACAGUUUUGGAUAACAUUUUGUAGGGGUUUGUUUAGUCACCCAUCAGGUUGCAGACAAAACAGGUUACAGACAAAGCAUCAAGAAGCGAGAGCUCUUUAAACAGACAAGAAUCUGAAUUUGCAUUUUGCAGCAAUAAAAAAAAAGAAGCACAAAAUAACCAAAAGCUAACCAAAACUACAGUUCUAGGAGAUAUUAAAUGGCACAGUUUCCUUCAUCUAAAAAUAAAAUAAUAAAAAUCAGGGAGGAGAACAGUAACCUAUUUUUUAAAACAGUUUGCAGAACGUCUCUCUGAAACUGUAUUUCUGACUCUUUUUUAAAAAAACACGUUCAUAAUAUUGCUUUGGAGAAUACACCGUUUCCACGAUGGAACGGACUAAAGUUUGGAUACACUGGCACACAUCUCCAAAGUCUAGGUGAUGUUUUUAUUUGGACGUGCAAACUAUAGUCACAUUCUGAGUUGAAUUUGUUAUUCAUUUAGUCGAUGUGUAAAUUGGGCUUGUUUGAGGGGCGGGGGUGUCCCUAUACAACUAAAUAAGAAGGUGCCAAUGAAAGUUGAAAGAGGCACGAAAAUGCGCUCCGAAGCUUUGGAGAGGAAAAGGAUACACCCUCUUUUUUAGCUAAUUUCCUCAAGUUCCUGUUUGUGUGUUUUCGAUAUUUUCCUCUUCAAGCCUUUCAAAAGAAAGCAAGCAACUUCCCCAAGCUCCAUUAUUCCCUCUCCGGCCCCCCCUCGGACAAACUUGUUGCCCCCCAAAAAGACAGCCCUUUGCGCUCUCAAGGCGAGAAGCGCGGCUGCCAGAACAGAGGCCCUAGGAAAAAAGUUAACAAUGCUGUGAAAAUAUGUUUGCAGAAAAUAGACAAUUGUUGGAUUAGACGUAUUCAAGUAUGAAAUAAUGCCUUUUUGUGUAAAAACUUCAGCAAUGUGCGUGUACAAAAGUUCCCUGUGGCAGUUACUUGCUCCCUUUGUGAGCGUUGCGCUUUGGCGUCUCCACUUGGCGCAUUUCACUCCCAGCCCCUUUAAACGCGAUUGUUUCUUUCUUUCUAAUGACAUUUACCGGAUCAAAACAUGCUGUUAAUUCGAUCAGAAAGCUUUACCCUCCCUAACAAUGCCACAAUAAUUUCUCCUGAAGUUUGUUAAAUUGACCAAAAUUAGGCAAAUGAAUAGGGGGUCUGUAGGCGACCCUUCUCGCAGGUGACACCACAUAAUGCACUCUCAGACCAGCUGCGAUCCCCUCUUUAUUUUGCCCCUCUUUUCUUUGACCCGCAUUAUUAAGAUUUAGGCCCAAUGAAACCAUUCACACUUUUCAAUGGGAUAUUUUCCUAUAGGAUAAUAGGCUACAAAUUGAGCCUCUCCAAAGCGGCGAGGAGGAGGGGAAAAAUAACAACCUCGAGAGACACACACACACUACAGAAACGACCGUCGUGUGCCAAAGGUUUGAGGGAGGCUCCUAAGGUCUGCAGAGGGGAGGAGAGAAAAAUUUAAAGGACGGGGUGGGGGGAGAGAAUCUCGUGCCAGCCUCCAGUCCCCACACCUGCCGGGGUGUCCCCGCCACAUAAAGCGGGAGAAACAAAAAGGCCUGGCUGCCAUCUCUCAUAAAGAUGGACGUGUCACCAAGUCGUGUGAGAAAAGCCUGAGAACAAACGGGCCCACUCCGUCUCCAAGGGCUCUUCCUUGAACUGGGCGGAACAGCCUAUUAAGGGCUUACUUAAUUACUUUAAUGACUCUGGACAGGCUUUAAAAUGCAGUCAGCGCUUGGACAGGGAAGGGGGGCGGCGGCAGGGUGUGUGCAUGUGUGUGUUGGGCUGGGGGGAGAGUGUGGGGUGCCUGGGAUUUGUAAACAGGCGGCCGUCGUGUGAGAGACCGACCAGGCGCUUGGCGGCCCACUGAAAGAAGACGGCCAGUGUUUCGCAGCCUGCAGGCGCGCCACUGCGCUCAUCUCGCUGCUCCUCAGCCCUGCGCGGGUCGUUGCCAUGCAAAUGCCCUUCGGGGGCCGAUCACGUGUCCUUUGAAGGCCCACGUGGAGUGACAAAGCUGAUCUGACGUGCCCCCACCCCACCCUUACACGCCCCUUAGGCUGGGGGUGUGGGGUGGAUGGGGGAAGACCCGAACAUACACACAUUUUAAAAAACUGAUCUUUAAUGCAUGCCUCCUCCUCCUCCUAACGCUGCUUUCCCUAAUCCUGGGGAAUCAGGCAGGCCAUGAAUAUAUCCCCCCCCUCCCUCAGAAAUGAUCGCUUUAUAAACCGCCCCUUGGAAGUUAGGGCUCUGCAAUCCACCUGGGCCACUUGAAGGAGGACAUCGGGUGCCUUCUGCGAGCUUCUCCCCCAGCAGCGGCUUCUUGUCACGAUGGCCUCCAAAUUGAAGGAACGGAAAGUGAGUUGGAGAAGGAACGGUGCCCUGCGCGCUGCCACCGGGCUCGACCUUUCCUCAAGGAACUGGUGGCCCUUAGCUGCACAGGCUUAGACAUCGGUUUUGAGGCUUGUGAUGAUGUGUGGGGUGGGGUGGGGGGCAGUACCAGAACUCAGGAAAUAGAAAGAAAGAGGCGAAGUCUCGAAACUGCUGAGAUAUAGGAACCUUGCAGUAUUUGGCGCUUCAUAUAUCUGGACGUUUCAAAUCUCGUAUGGAAGUUUCCAAUAUCUCAGUUUUGAGGCUUUGCCGUCCCCCACCCCAGUUUGCCUUCUUAGGAUUAUGGUACCAUCAGCAAAUGAUGGACCCAUCAUCGUCUCCAGCAGUAAGGAUGCUGCAUUGCCAAAUUUUGGGGAGGUUUUUGUUUCUUUUUUGUCUCCAGUAUGUCAAAAGCUUGGAGAGUUGGAUAGGAGGAGCUCACAAGUGCCUGGCUCUUAAAGGGCUGUUCCAAGCUGUACAGAAGUAGGUUGUUGAAGGGCAGAGAAGUGUCUGGAGACGUCAAGAAAAAUUAAAGGUGAUGGAGCGACUUCGCGUUCUGAUGCGAUGCUCCCUUCCAUCUUGCCAUACCACACGUGUGUCUAGCCUAAGCCUGUCGUUCUCAUGCAUUUUCCAGAGGAUCCCGGUCUCCCAUAAAGUGAUCGAGAAAAGGAGAAGGGACCGGAUCAACCGCUGUCUGAACGAACUCGGAAAGACGGUGCCAAUGGCUUUGGCAAAACAGGUGCGCAUCCCAAAGUUGCGUUUUGCGUCUUUUUGGCCGAGAGGGGAAGCAAUUUGCGUACGUGGGGUUACUUAGGAGUGGCUGCUGCUGCUGCUGCUGUUCUUUUUGCGUGGAGAGGGGUGUGUGUAUGUGGCAUUUUGCAAUAUAAGGGGAUCGUGAUCAUAGCUUUGUGAAUGAAACAAGUGUGGCUUAUUCCUGCUCAUUUGCAAGCCUUUUUGUCGUUAGGUUAACUCACUGGAUUCAAUGCUCCGGGUGCACGGGGUUGGAAAACAACUCCCUGAAGUCCUGUCUGCCUUUGUGCAUUUCAGAGUUCCGGCAAGCUGGAGAAAGCGGAGAUCCUGGAGAUGACCGUCCAGUACCUGCGGGCCCUUCACUCUGCAGAUUUCCCUCGGGGGAGAGAAAAGGGUAGGCGCGCUCUUCUUCCGUGGCUGUGCGUUUCUGGCCACGCAGGCGCGCAGGGAGAAGACCCUGGGCCGGGAACUGCUGGCUGAGCUCUGAGAAGCCUUGGGAAUGGAUCACACUUUGCUGUGGGAAAUCCCAUUAGUGAAAUUGGGGGAUUCUGGCGACACGGGUGGAGAGGAAAAGAAAUCCCAGCUCGCGACACUGGGAGGGAUUUUGGACACAAACGUUUUCACGACCAGAUUAGUGGUCCAGGGGUUAAAUCGCCAAGGGCAACCCACUAGCUCUUAGACUCAGACCCCCAGUGCAAUCCUCUAUAAAUCUUCUCAGAAGUAAGUCCCACUGAUUACAAUGGGGCCUGCUCCCAGAUAAAUGGGUGUGGGGUGGUGGCCUCAGUUUUCAGUAUGUAAUUUGGGAAUCAGUGAUUCUACCUCACAGUGAAUGGAUUGCAUGGAACAUAAAUAAACAAUCCUUUACAUGAAUUAAACUCCCCCCCCCAAAAAAAAGAGUAAGCAAAUUAAUGGAAGGUGAAGCUCUCCGUGAUUAGAGACAGUGCAUUACAGUAGCUUAGGCGUUGCUUUGAACUUUCCAAGCCUGGGUGGUUUUGGAGACUUAAGUGCAGGACUCAAACAACAUUUCGUUUGAUCCAGCAAGAUAACUUCAUUCCCUGAUAAGGAAGGAUUUUACAGACUUGUGAGAUGUAGAAUAAUGAACAAAUAAUGCAUUUAUUAUGGCACAAUCUUCUGUGACCAGCAGCCCACUUCAUCAGCUACAUGAAGCAUUAAUACUCAGCAGAUGUAUAUGAUGUGAACAUAUACUCAAAUAGGUGUAUAUUUUUUGUAUAUACCUGGCUACAUAGGGGGGAAGUCCAGUGCAAAAUUGUUGGCUGAGAAUUUAUCAGUACACUCUGAGGCUGUGUACGCACUAUACCUUUAAAGCACAUUAUUUCCAUCAAAUAUCUCUGGGCACUGUAGUUUACUCAUCAGAGUUGCAAUUCCCAGCAACCCUUAAGAAACAAAAGUGCUCAGAAUUCUUUGAGUGGGAACCUGUGCUUCAAAUGUGCUUUAAACAUAGCUGCUUUUCCUACCUUAACUAGCAAGACUGCAGAGCAUGGUUUGCUCUGUUCUCAUGCUGUAUUUGCUGAUCUACCCCUGAUUUGUUAGACUUCAUGGGAUGUGUUCUGAGCAUUCAUUUUCAGUUAUUGUGGGGAGGUUAUGUGAUGCCACAUCAAGCGAUUGUUAUCUCACACUUUCCAGUGUGUUUUCCCAUCACUGGGGUAGGGAGUGAGCUCAUUCACACUCCCUUUUGUCCUGCAAUUUAUUCCAUUUGCCCCAUGAUUUCUAGGCAUGGGUCUGAGAGGUUUUUCUUCUGCCCCUUUGCCUUCCCCUGGAAAACCCACAGUUUACUGCUGAAUCAGUACAUACAUAAAUCUGGAGAAAACCCAUUUGACGUUUGUUCUGAUGCAGUAGUAAACCACAGGUUUUCCCAGGGGAAAUGGCAGGACAAAAGGAACACCUCUUGGCCCCCUGCCUAGAAAUCAUGAUACAAAUGUAAGUGUGGAUGAGCCCUUUGCCACACAAGAGCACCAAACCAACUCUAAUUGUGCAACUUUAAUUUGCCAGUAUAUGGCUGAAUCCUAUCCAAAAACAGCAACAUUCUUGAAGCAUCCUUUGUCCUGUUGCAUUGCCUUCCAUGGGAUGCCCACGUUAACCAAUGCACCUUUUCCCAUGUGUAAAAUGGUCAGGUGAAGAAGAUACAGGUGAAUACCUGCAAAGGUACAGGAGCCUUGUCCUACUUUUUUACUUCACCACUCCACUGAGACCCCCCACUUGGGAAACACUAGUUUCCAAACUCUACUUACUAAAUUAGGCAAAACAGGUUCCCAUUAAUUUGCUGCAAGAGGCAGGAAAAACAGGGUGUCGAUUGUAGGGUGGGGUGUUCGAGUUUCUUCCUGCCCCAUGUAGGCAAGCCAUGAUUCCCAACCACACGCCCCACAGGGGGCAAUUUGAUUUUGAAGGUGGGCAGUUCAAAAAUGAGUUAUUAACAGUUAAUGGCUUUUUAGGCUUCCUCCAUGCGAAUAGGAACCACUGCUGUAACCCAAUUUUUCUUUCUUUCCAACAGAGCUUCUAGCUGAAUUUGCCAACUACUUUCACUAUGGCUACCAUGAGUGCAUGAAGAACCUAGUUCACUACCUGACCACAGUGGAGAGAAUGGAGACCAAGGACACCAAGUACGCCCGGAUCCUGGCUUUCCUGCAGUCCAAAGCUCGCUUUGUCACUGAACCCAUCUUUUCCUCACUGGGAUCUGUCCCAGAGCCAGACCUCUCCUAUCAGCUGCCACCAGCUCCAGACUGCUUGGGCCACAGCCCCAAUGACCCUGUGUUCCAGCAGGGAUCUGGACACGGCCCCUUUUCCUGGCACAGCUCCGCUAGGAGUCCCACUCUCCCUUACCUCCCCAACGCUCCUGUGCCCCUCACUGGCCACGGGCAGCAGCGCAGCACCUUCUUGUCAUCCAUGCAAAGUCUGGACCGCCACUACCUCAACCUAAUUGGCCAUUCCCACCCCAACACAUUCAGCCUGCCUUCUGGCCAGCAUCCAUCGGUGCUAUAGCCUACGUCUGGCGUUGCCAGCUGGUUGUCCAAAAAGGGUCCCUGUGUCUUAAAGAGCUGCCAGAGAGAGAGAAGUCUAUGGCUUUUGCCUUCCCAGUGUUGCCAUGCCAUUGACCUUCUCCGCGUCUUGCAGUUCCUAAAGGCCCAGAAUGCCUUCCAAGGCCAGGUAAUGCCGAGCUCACCUGCACAUAUUACCUAUUUAUAUUAUUUCAAGACAAUAAAUUAUCUGGCCUCCUUCCACAACUGUAAAUAGAUAUGAAAUUAACGGUGGAG